UUUCAUCUUACUCUGUACAAUUACAGCACUUUAAUUAGGAACGUAAACUGUACAAUGAGUAAUUAAAUUAUAGAAACACGGUAAUCUUAAGUAAUUAUGCGUAGAAAUAAAUUGAUCAGCACAUAUGUAAUUAAAAAAACGGUGUAUCUAAGAUACAGGUGCAACAGCCCUUCGAAAGAGGCGAUCAAACACGAUAACGACUCAUAAAUCGUACGUCUAGCCCCGAGGACCGUGUCAUCAGCAACGACGAAUGUCGCGAAGUUUUCUCGCGAACGAAGCAAUUAUAUUUUUUAUUAAGGAUAGAGGAGAUUUUUCAGCGACACAACAUUCAAGGUCGUACCAGUUAGGGACGCCAGCAUGAAGAUCGCAUCUUAAUGAGAGCGUGUCGGCCAUCGAGGCGAAAGACCUUCGAUAUCGAUUUUCAAGGACAACCCUUUAAACAACCCUCCCACAAAAUUGCUCUUCAAAUUGCUGCCUCCAGCUGGCCAGUCGGCCACUGUUGGAGAGGUCUUGUCCUUCUGAGUAUGUUUAAAUUUAUAUCAAUACCAUCGUACUGAUUCAAUGUUAUUUUUAUUUUUUAGGGCAAAGGGUAUUCAAAGAUGAAAUUUCAUUACUCGUCUAGCACUUGUACUAGAUCUACGUCCUGUGGUUUUAGCUUCUUCCAAUUCAGAAUUGAUCGUAGUAAUUGGAUUUAUUCAUCAAACAGUAAACCUUUCACCUAUAUCUGACACGCGUAUCACCAAAUGCUUCCAAUCGUUAUCUGUUCGUUCGAUUUUUGCGGUCACGCUAACCGCCACCCUUUUCAAUCACUCAUUUUUCCAUCUUUCCUCUCCUCUUCGCUAUCUUUCAUCCUAUCUAUUAUCAGAAAAUAAACUUCGAUCCUGCCAACAUCGAGGGAAACAUUAUUUUUUCCUUCGACUCGUUAUUCAAGAAAAUUGUUCACAUGGUUCAAUAUACAUUUUUCUUCGCAGUGCGUUUCUUAUUGUUCCGCUAAAAAUUCCAAUUUAAUUUCGUUGCGUGUAAAUAAUACCACGACAAAGGUAUAUAUAGGUUGAUGUACAAUUGCGCAGUAUACGGAGCCCUAAAAUAAGUCGUAGAGCGACGGUGUAAUUACAAGGGACAAUGUCACCCGUAAACAACCCAAUAAUCCAGACCCUUCGAAGGACAAACUGUCGCUUCAAUUUUCCCCGAAAAAGGAAAAAGGCAAUAUAAAGGCGCGUGAAAGGACAAGGGUGUGUUCAGGAGAAAAGAAAGAGGCCCAGGAGUCAGGGCAAGAAAGGCAGAAUGAAAGAGCGCAGGCCUCGACCUCCACCGCGUCGUUUGGAAGUUGCCGAGGGUGGUCGGUCGACGGAGGAGUCACGCAAGGGCGAACCGAGACCCGAGUGGCCAGCUUGGGGAACCACCGAUUGUUUCCUUGGCAAAUCAGUCAGUCUGCAGAAUGAGGUGUUCCGCGUGGUUGCUUUUCGCCUUCUUCCCGCUAUUGUUCACCGGGAUACCGGUCACCAGCUCGCAGAGGACCCACGCGAGGCAGGGUGCGGGUCGCGAGCAACCCGUCGUCAAGAUACCGGAUCAAGGAUCGGUGGCUGGUAAAGAGGUGUCCCUAGGUCCCACGCAAAGAGUGAUACAAUAUUUGGGAAUACCGUACGCACUAGCACCCUUGGGAAAAUUACGCUUCUCCGCGCCUGUUACCGAACCCCUGCCAUCGUGGAACGGCGUACGAAAUGCAACGCAAUUCGCAGCAUCUUGUCAGCAAUUGACAAAUCGGCUAAAACUUCACGAAAAGCACUACAAGAGAUUGUUACCACCGGAUCAACCCGAUCCAGGGGUCAACGAGGACUGUCUCUAUUUGAACAUCUUCGCGCCGGAUGGAAAUAAACCAGACGAAGGAUGGCCGGUCAUGGUGUGGUUCCAUGGUGGUGAUUUCAACACUGGUACGCCAGCAAUCUGGGACGCUUCUAUUUUCGUCAACAAACAUAAAGUGAUAAUAGUGACAGUAGCGUAUCGUCUGAACAUCCUCGGUUUCUUCACGACCACCGACGCGGAGGCUCCAGGAAACUACGGCAUGCUCGAUCAGAUAGCUUCUCUCGAUUGGAUCCAGAAGAAGAUCCAACACUUUGGCGGUUCUCCGUCCAACGUGGUUAUUUCUGGUCACGAUUCCGGCGCCAUCAGCGUAGGUCUCCACUUGAUCAGCCCUCUGAGCAGAGGCAAGUUCUCCAAGGCUAUCGCGAUGAGCGGUGACGCUUUGAGCUCCGUCCGUUCUCCUAAAACCGAGUUGACCGUCGUUGAUGUAAUCGCGGAGAAGUUUGGCUGUUAUCGACGUCCAACGUCCGCGUUGAUGGAAUGCCUACGUCGGGUGGACGUGAACAUUCUGGUCCGCGAGUCUUCCGACAUCGAAACUUGGGGUCCCAUCGUCGAUUACGAGACCAACAACUCCACCGAUCCGCUUCUUCCGGCUGAUCCCGUCGACAUAAUUGACGCUGGCAACUUGAAUUCCGUUCCAUUGUUGGCCGGCUACACGAGCAAAGAGUACGCGCUGACCUAUAUCGAUACCCUGGACAAAGGAAACGUCGAAGGGAAACUGUCGUUCGACAGCUUCGAAACGAUGAUCAGCAAUGAUUUCAUGUCGUUGGUCCAGGGCCCGGAAGACAACAGCACGUGUACGCUGAAGCCAGAAAUGGUCACCGAGGCGGUGUUGUUCUUUUACAAACCCCAUCCACGGAGCAAGGACCAAGCUGUGCUACGCGACAGAUACCUGGACCUGCAAAUCGACAAGAAUAUCGCGGCUGGGAUGACUUUGCUCGCUGGUAAAGUGGCCAAAGAGAAGCUGGCGUUCGUUUACAGGUUCGACUACAGAUCCAAAACACCGUCUGUGAUCAAGGACGUGCCAGAAUGGGCCGGUGUACCUCAUAUGUUCGAGUUGCCAUUCGUAUGGGGACUUCCUUCGUUGCCUAACAGUCAUAUCCAAUGGAACUCAUUCGAUAAGAAGAUGUCCGACGUGAUGAUGACCAUGUUGGCCAGCUUCGUCAAAACUGGUAAUCCCUCGAUGAGCACCGUCAAGUGGGAACCGUACACCGAAGAAGAUCCUGGGAUUUUGAUAAUCGACAAGAACAUCGUCAUGGCAGAUUCCAAUGCGGUCGAUUACAAAGCUCUUGCUUUCUGGAACGAAUAUUAUCCGAUGGUUCUGGAAGAGGCCACAAAUAAUUGUUGUAACGUAACCAGUGGCACAAUCGCGUUCAGAAAAACUUCUUAUAACGUUGCUUUCAGUAUGAUUUGGCUCGUGGCGACGUUAGGGUUCCUUGAACUGUAGUCGAUCGCUGAUGAGAUUGUUUCUUUGGAUCUGCUCGAGGAGUAGUAGUAUGCUUGAAUGUAUCGGUGAUUGGCUGAGAGACAUUUUUCGUAGACGUCCUUUCGAUGCUGAUUACGUUCGGUCACGCAGUAGAUUAGCCACAUGUACACGGUACAAACGAUUGUUUCCUUUUUUUUUUAUUUAAAUUCAAGUCGUUGAUCGUAUCGUUAGUAGCCUCGUUAGAUUUUUCGUGGAGUAAUUAGAACUUGGUUCUAAUGUUUUAAAAAAUUGCACGAAAGUGGACCACCUCUCGACAACACACAAAGAGAUUGAAACGCGCCGAUGCACCAGCAUCGUUCACGCUAUGUUCUAUGUGAAAAAGAAAGAAAAGAAAGAAAAAAAAGAGGCAAGAUAUUUUUAGUUAAUCGCGAAGACAAUUGAAACGCUUAGAGAGAUAGCGAUGAGCGUUGUAAGUCCAAGAAAUUUCGAUCAAUUUCUAGAUCGUAGAUCCGAGGGAUCUUACCAAAGAUAAAAGUAAUUAAUAUUCUUUGAUCCUUGAUAAAAUCAACUUCAAUUUCAACUUGAACUUACAUCCCUCGUCGUCCUUCGAAUCGUAUCGACAAUGGGAGAAAAAGAUAGGCGUCGAGGUUUAAGUAGCAAAAAGGAGGAGAACCAGAGCCUGGGCUUAUUUUUUUCAUUGUUCAUUUUUUUUCUUUUUUCUUAACAUUCACUGAGAGAUUUUUUUAUUAUUUGCUUUAAUACGGAGAGAUAUAGAAAAAACAUAUAUUGUUCGAGAAACAAACGGUUGAUAUAACUUAUGAAUAUUUUGAUGCUUCGAUAAUAAUUAAUAAUAAUAAUAAUAGUAAUUAAUAAUCAUUCGUGUGUGUACGUGGGUCCUGUUUUGUGUGUAUCCGUUUACAUGUGUGUGAAUGUAGUAUGUGUGUACCGUCUAUGUAUAAUUAUUAUAUUAUAUAUAAGAGAGAGGUGCGCGGCGGGCAAUGCAUGGGGGCUGGUGGCCUGCGCACGCGCACAUCCAAACAUUUUUUCUUUUUCUUUUUGCUUUUUCAUCCUUUUCUCCUAAUACAUAUACACACAUAUAUAAAUAUAUAUUAU